AUGAUUUCAACAAUCGGCACAACAACAAUUCAAGCCGCGAACGGCGGGACUCUGUCCACAACAACAGCACCAAACUCGUUAGUCAUGAAUCCUACGUCAAUGUUAGUAGAGAUGAAAAACUUCAUUCCUUCUUCAUAUACUUUCGAAACAAAAAUCCAGAAGAUAAAGCAAGAACUUUUAACAAGUACUUUAGACUGUAGUGCGAAAGAUGAAACAAAUGAACAGUAUCUUUAUGAAAUGCAGGACAUUAUUGACCAUUUACCCAAAUUGCCUGAAAUCCAACAGCAAAAACUAACUAUUCCUGAAUUCGACGAAAUUGAAGUCAAAACAACUGACUCAGUAGAAAUAAAGAAGUUCAUUCGUAAAGUAAAUUAUGAAUUCCUUGGUUUUCAUUGCAACCAUAAAGUUAUGGACAAAGAUUGCGACAUGGUAUAUAAAAACAUUUCUGACAUAUAUAAAUCUGAGGAGUUUAAGACUUACGAUAACUUUGUUUCAUUAGUUGCAGAAUGUGUAUGGCAGAUAAGAGAUAAAGAUAGAAGAGGUAAGGUAUGGAAUGAACAGAUAAGACCCGCUAUGUUUGAGAUGAAGAGAGCAAUUGACACCUUAGUUGUUCUAGCAG